UGACUUGGCAGGUCUGUGAGAAGGUCAGCUUCCCCGUGUUUGUAUUUCAGCCAUCAUCCUCCAUACUGGAGAGGCUUUAUCCGCUUGGCUUGCUUAAUUGCAGCACGUUUGACACGCAUGGAUAACCUGUGCAAUAGCGUCCUUGAUCCAGACCCCAUUUCCAUAUUGCAUCUCUUCCCCAAUGGCCUGAGGUGUCAUGGGUGCACCGAGCUGGAAAUAAUUCCCUCCUGGGGCUGUUGAAGCCCUAGAAAUGUUUGCCAAGUGAAGCUGUGGAUGCUCCAUCCCUGGAGGUGUUCAAGGCCAGGCUGGGUGGGGCUCUGGGCAGCAUGACCCCGUGGGUGGCAUCCCUGCCCACGGCAGUGGGGUUGGGGUUCUAAGCUCUUUGCUGUCCCUUCCACCCCAAGCCGCUCUAUGAUUCUGCGUUUCUAUGACGUAAGCACGGGCCCCACGCAGCCCUGGUGCAGCACAUCACAAGAGCAGCAGCCCGCGGGGAGCCGCCACCCGGAAUCUCGGAGCCGUGAGGUCACAAUGCCCCGUCCAAUGGCUGUGCGGUGCUGUGCCGUGAGCUCACAAGGCCUGGCUGCGACGCUGUCCUGUGCCGCAGGCUUUGCUCUGUGCGACGCUCACUGUGGCUGCAGCGGUGGUGUUGGAAGCAUGGUGCGAGUGUGGGGAGCCAUGGCCCCUGCCCGCUUUGUCCUCUUCCUCCUACUGAUGGCCAUGUGUUUCCGGGAGACCUGUGCUGCUCCGUGGCGAGCACCGGGAGCAGGAGAUGAACUUGGUGCUCCCUUUCCGGAUGAUCGUUUGGAUCCGGAUUUUGUGCCUGUGCCUCUGGGACAACCCAGAGGCCCUGCUGGUGAAUCAGCAGAACAGAAUCCUGCCUCUGAGCCUGAAGGGGAUGCUGGAGAUGUGACUGGAGGAGGUGAUCCAGGUUCCGCUCUGAGCUCUGGGACUGAAACUCCGGCAGAUCGCAUGGGAGUGCCCCCAGGGAGGGCUUUGCCCGGUCAUGUGUUUCCUCCUGCGCUGGAGCCCAGCUGGAAUCCCAGCGGUCCGGAAAAAGGAAAGGAUGAAUCCAAAAGAGGAGAAUACUCCCAGGGCUCAUCCCGUCUCCUCAAGGAACUGGUGAAGGAAAUGGAGAAGGCAGCGCGUGGAACUGACCAACAAAGUGAGCAGGAUGCACUGCAGGAAGAAGGCAGCCAUCCCACACUGCCAGUCUCGGGCAGAGGAACGCAGGCAGCGCCAACAACUGUCAUGCCAGGGAUGAAUGCCGGGACGAGCACAAAGGCUGCUGUUGGCAGAUCUGCGCGAAGGCGCCACAUCGCAGCGAUGGUACUGUUCUCAGCUGUGCUGCUGUCUGCGCUGGUGCUGGCCUGUGGUGCUGUGAUAUGGAUGUGCCAAAAAUACGUAGUGUGCAAGAGAGAAGAGAGAGCAGCAGAGCAGGCUCAUCCUGAUACCAACUAGGAGAGAGUUCCAACUGGAGACGAGGGCAGAACGGAGCUGGGAGAGGCAGCCGAAGAGACUCUUGCCCCAUCAAAGAAGAAUCUCAGCCAUCGUCCCAGUGCAUUCCAUUCUGCCAUCCAAGAGGCCAAAGGUCUUCAAAGUCAUCUGGAAGACUUGGAGCUUGAACUCAAAGCCGUGAAAGAGGUCCACGGGAACAGUCCUGAGUGCUGCUUUCUGUCAGGGGACGGCCCUGAAAGUGAGAGCGGAGAACCAGCAGCAGAGCUUUUGUCCUUCACCCUGCAUUCUCUGGGACAAGCAUCAGCAACAUUUCAAAGAUUCUUAGCUCGGCAUAGCUACAAUCCUGUUGAGGGUCCUAAUGAGGAGCCAGAAAGCGAGCUUCCUCUGACCGCUGGACAACACCUUAACGUCUUUGGAGCUGUGGAUGAGAAUGGCUGGUUUCAGGGAGAGCUGACAGAUGGCACAAGAGGACUGGUCCCAUCCAAUUUGGUUGCGGAGGUUUCAGAUGACGAACUGGAUACAACGAUGCCUCCGGAGCUCUGUGCUCUCCUGCUGGAUACUUGAUGAAUAAGUGGAUGCAGAGAUUCCAUCAUGCAGCAACAUCCUGUCAAAAUUCCUGCGUUACUCCAUCUGCAAGACUACCCCCUGCUCCACUUGAUGUUCAGGUGGAGUGUGUGCAGGACGUGGAUGAGCUCCUUUGGGAACACUCUGAGGUGACUGACAGUGUAACUGCAUAGUCUUGUGGUAUAUUAAACAAACAAACAAACAAACACCACCCACAAUAAAACAAACAACCAACCAACCCAAAAAGCGCCUGCUCUUUUUCUUGGAUACACUGAGGUGAUCCUUUUUCUAGCUGAGACUUUGCAAUGAGUCUUGAAGCAGAUUUGAGCCGGUAGAAGUUGGCAGUGUCUGCAUUCCGUUCUCCUGAUUUCCUUGCUGGUCAGAGUUAAGGUGCCAUGCAUCCAUUCCCCAGCCCUAGCUGUCUCCUGAAUCAUGAGAACAGCCUUUCCAUAUUGUGGAAAGAACUGGAGUGGAUUCACGCUGAAGGACAAGAUGCUUGCAGACACGUAAGCUCAAGAAGAGAAUGCAGAGUCCACGGAAACUCGCUGCCAAACAACGAUGAGAAAGUAGAAUAGGCUCCUGUUGUUGAAGAUGGGAUGGUGAAACAGAUGUCUCAGCUCAACACAACGCCAGUAGGAGCUGGUUCGGGCUACCCCCCCUUAAAAGGUCGGAAGUUCACAGCGAGGUAGACUACGAGCCUUCAUCCACUGACCGCCAGAGACCCCCACCACAUUUUUAGGACGCGUGCUCAAGAGGGUGGGACAAUACGUUAAUAGUUUCUCAGAAUUCCAGCCCAUUUUUGUGGAACGUAAUGAAUAUGUGGAUGUUAUGUCUGUAAGUAUGUAACCAGUGCUUUUCUCUGUGUGCGAGUUAGGAGGAGAUAUCCCCCCCCGCACCCGGCGCCGUAAUGAGCGUACCUGCUUUGUAACCUUACGUGGGUUCCAGAGUUUGAUUCCACACGUCACUCCCUUCACUAUUAAGAGGACAAAGAACUUCUGGCACAGAAGGAUGCCCACCUGCAAGGCUCAAAUUGCACGCUGCUUCCUUCCUCUCUGCUCAGUAAAACUCUGUGUUGGGCUCAUUUGGAAGGAAGGUUUGGUGUUCUGACUUCCUGGACAGUUGUUACCUAAAGCCUGGAGUGCCUGUGUCAACUGUGGCGGUGCAACUGCCACACCUUCUCUCCCCCUUCUCUCAGGCCUCUCGGUGCACCACUUCUCCUGAGACAAAAGGCGGAGGACCGGUACGUGGAGGUACUCCUCCUCUUCCCUUGCCCCUGCUUGCCUCUGGGUAGCAAGGGGCAAUGAAUUGGAACAUUAGGGGAUGCCCUAGUUGUAUCUGACUCCUGCUUUGCGCCCCACUGCCCAGGAACAAUCCUGGGGGCAAUCGUCGUCUGACAGCCUGGGACGCGUGAACACGAAUCACGGCUCAGGUGGGGUAGCGUGGAAUCCGUGAGUCCAGCAAGUUCUGGGGUUUGCACAACUGGUAGAAAGAACCAGAAGAUUUUGCCAUGCGAGGGGGCUGGUAUGGAAAAGUAGCCGGCAGAUCUCCAUCAUCUCAGACCCUAUAACUAGAGAUUCAAAGCGAGUGUUAAUCAAUAUCUGAAGGGAAGUGGGAGGAAAAUGGAUGAGGCCAGGCUCUUCUCGGUGGUGCGUAGCGGAGGACAAUGAGCAGUGGCCUAGAACUUGAGCACAGGAAGUUCCAUGCAAACAUGUGGAAGACCUUCUUUACGGUACUGCCAAAUCCUCGAGGCCCUCUACCAAUGAUAGUGUACCAAGGAUAGUCUACUGUGCUGUGAUCUUCAGGGACGUUUUCAACACAAGCCAUCCUAUUGUUCUGUGAUCUUCAAGGACACUUCCAGCGUACAAAAAUCCAGUGGUUCUGUGAUCUUCAGGGAGCCAUGCAACACAAACCAUUCCAGCGUUGUGUGAUUUUAGAAGCUGGACGUGAGCCAGCAGUGUGUGCUGGCAGCCUGGAAGGCCAAGUGUGUUCUGGGCUGCGUUAAGAAAGAGGUGGCCAGCAGGGAGAGGGAGGUGGUUGUCCCCCUCUACUCAGCUCUUGUGAGGCCCCAUCUGGAGUACUGCACCCAGGCGUGGGGCCCUGUAUGAGAACUGUUGAACUGCAACUCCACCUGUGUGACCGGAAGGGGUGGAGCCAGGCUCCACCUCUCCUAAACCCCAUUUAAGGGCUGACUGCCACGGAGGAAGGAUUGCUCUCUGAAGAUCACUCCUCUUGGAGCCCUUUUGGCGAGCCCAGCAUUCACCUCUAUUACUUUGUGCAACAGUCAGCCCCCCAGAAAGCACCAGACUCAACAUUGCUGAGGUAGCAAGGGCAGGGAAAGGGUCAGGGCAGCAAUGAGCUUAUGAUGGCCAAGGUUUGAUUGCCGACUGCUCUGUCACCGAGGUUCGCUGCUUCCCAGCUGUCCCUGCCCCGAGGAGGAGAGGCGGAGUCAGGGCGUGUGAACCGCGGGGCCGUUCGGGCGAGGUGAUACGGAAGACUGAGAAAGCAAAAAAUCAUUCUGCCCUUGCUCCUGACCCUUGUCCCUGCCUCCACCUGCCCUCAGCGUACGGCCAGGAGAGGAGGGGCACUCAGCAGCAUGAUGGGAGCCCUUCAUAUUCUCCUCAGCUCCUGACCUUCCAGCUCUGCAGAGACAUUUCGUAUCUCAGUGAUAGUCUGUGGCCCCCACAGCCCCCCAGACCCGACCCCAAAGGCCUGCUGCCUCUCUCUCCCCCCCGACCCACACAGAUGGGCCUGGUGGGCACUGUCAGUGCUGGGAGCCCAGGAGCAGGCACAGGCAGCCUGGCCGGGCUGGGAUCUGCGCUGCUCUGACAGGAGCUCUGUGCUAAUGUCAUGCUGCACAGCAUUCCAGGGACCAGAAGCUGCAUCUCGCGCAGCGGUGAGUGAUGGCAGCGCUGUGUGCGCCCUCCAGGGGGGCCCGGGACAGGCUUGAAAAGCAGCACCGCGUGAACCAGAUGAGGUGCAACACGGCCACGCGCGAGGUGCUGCACUCGGGCCGCCGUAAUCCCGCAAAGGUGCUGGGAGGGCCGGAGCGCCUCACCGACAGGAAGGGCUGAGGGAGUUGGGCUCGUGCGGCCUGGAGAAGGCUCUGGGGAGACCUCACUGCGGCCUUCACGUGCCUGGAGGGAGCUCACAAACAGAAGGACAGCGACUCCUUACACGGCCUGACACCGGCAGUGCUGUCCCAACGGUGGAUUCGUCGCCCGGUCGCCCGCAAUAAGUCGGUCAUCACCGGGUAUUUAUAUCAAGAGUGCAGGCCCGGGUGCUCGUUGGUUUCCAUAGAAGGAAGAAAUAUUUCCCGAGGAGGGCCCCGGCACACGCUGUCCCGAGGAGCGGUGCACACCGAGCGGCACAGCCGUACCGGACAAACCCGGCGCAGGCGCAGGCGCAGGCGCAGGCUCCGGCCCUGCGCGGCCCCCUGCACGCCCCGCCCCCCGCCUCUCCUAUUGGCCAGCCCUGCCCUGUUCGGCCAUCUCAUUGGCUUCUACUGCUGCCUGUUACAUGCAAGCUCCCUCCCCGAUCCUUCUUCCGGGAGAGCGCCGUCCUCCCCUUCGUCCCCGCAGAGCCAAUUGGCUACCCUGGCUGUCACUUAAAGCUUGGGAGGAGGGACGAUUGGACGAACGCGGCUGCCCGCUCUGCGCGUGCGCAGUCUGAGUGAGGGCAAGUCCGGGCAGCGGGCGCACGCAGGCGUGACGUCACUCGACGCGACGCGUAGCGUACCGGGUGACCGUCACGUGACCUGGCGAGGCGGCGGUACUGGGCUGAGGGAAUACCAUGGCCGUCCCUCUUUCCCCCACGCUGGUGCUGGGCGAGGCCUCGGAGAGCGACUCAGAGCCGGAGCCGGGGGGGAACACAGCCGGGACUCCCGCAGUGGGGCUGAAGGUUCCGGGGGAGGCGUCGGAGACCGAGGAGGAGGAGGAAGAGGACAGUGCGGCCCGGAUGCCGCUGCCAGGGGUGUCCAGGGGGGGCCCCUCACUGCUGCAGCAGAGGCUGGGGGCGGGCGAGGGGCGACUGCGGGGCGCAAUGGCUGAGGCACUGGGACGCAGUUUCAGUGGGGCUGCGCGGCUGCUGGAAGGUCUGGGGGGGCCCCUGGGCCGCGCCCAAGCUGGGGCAGCUGCGACCGCGCACUGCCUGUGCCUGGUGCGCCGUGACCUGCGCGCUGUGGCUGCCACCGUAGCCACCAUCACCGCCUGUCACCUGCUGCCUGACAUCCGUGGGGAGCUGUGAGAGUGGGAAUGUCUGUGGGGGGGGGGGGGGGGGGCAGUGCUGGCAGCUGUGGGGAGCUCCUGGCGUUGUUGUUGCAGUGUCACUGACACUGACCUUCAGCACUGUGUCCAAUGGACUCGAGGGUUGUGGUUGUCACUGAUGACAUUCUCAUUGUCACUGCAUUGCCAGUGCUGUGUCCCCUUGAGCUGAUGCUGCCAUCAACAGCACUGCCGCUGAUCGCUCAGUGUCCCAGCGAUGUCCCUGUGUCACCUGGCCUGUGGGGACCUUGGCCUCACAGUGACGUUGUCAGUGAAUGGAAGCUCCUGACGAUUGAUUGAUGCAGAAUUCUGUAGUUUUGCCCUGUAUAGGGGAUCUGUGGGUUCUGGCACUGACUAAAGCCCUUUGGAGACAUAGCUGCAGCAAGGACACAGCUUUCACUAGGUGGGUGGCAGUGUGUUCACCCACGGCACUGUGGUCCCAGUGGUCUGAGCAAGGUCCCUUUUGUUGCCCCCCAUGUCUUUGGGCUGUGGUUGUGUCCUUUGCGUCCCUUCCUGCCAUAUGAAUGUCUCCAGCAUCUGGCCACUGUCCCCAAGCUGUGGCUAUGUCCUGUCACCCUAAGUGCCCCUUGGCCUUGUCCUUAGCUCUCUCCUACCUCUGUGUACCCCUCUGAGAACUUCAGCCAGGGACAGGGAGAAGUACAUACGAAUCUCACACCACGGAGCCACAUGGGUCUGUCACGCUGCAUCCUGCCUGGGCUGUCACGUCCUGUGGGACACCAGGGGAUACACCCUGGGUGCUAGUGGGCUUGUGGCACCAAAAUGCCCGGGGCCUGAUGAGGGUCCUGGGGGCUCCUGGCGUCUCCAGAAGGGUCCCAACUGUCCCCAGGGACUGACCUGAGGGGUAGUGGAAAACCAGGAUGAAGGUUCACUUUCCCCAUUCCCCUGUGUUGUGGCAAAGGGGAAAGGUUUUGUGAAGAGCACAGUGGUGUUGGAUUCUGUUCAUAAAGAUUCUAGACCUCGGUUCCCUUCCCGUAUCCAAAUUAGAAUGAAAGAUAGUAUUAACAAUUCAUCUUUUGAGGAAGAACCUCUGAGCACUUGUAACUGGCAGUGCUUUGAUAUUCUAGGUAACCUGUUCCAUAAGGAGUGCUGGGUGAUGCUGACUGAUACUGUCAAUUGUGAGCAUGCUCCACAGAAAGUUUCCCUCUGUGGGAGUGAGGAAACAAAAUGUGGUGAUUCAGUACUGUGGGGUUAUUAUGGGGUUACUAGAGUCUAGGAUUCUAGAGUCUGAGGAUUCUAUGAAUUGAUUAUUGGAGGAUUCUAUGAGGAUGCUAUGAGGAUACCAGCUCCUGUGAUUAUAAGUUCUGUUAUUUCAGAUUCUGUGAUCGUUUCAUGAUUCUAGAUUCCUUGACUCUGUGAUGAUUCUGGGCUUCAGUUGUGUGGUGAUUCUGAUUCCUCACUAAGAGUAUAGAUUCCCAGACUUGUAGCUACGCAAUACGAUGCGUUUCCAUCUCCACUCCUGUGCAUAGUGUGUGGCAUAGUUCUGAGUGCCUGACACAGCCCAAGCAAAAUCAAUUUCUGUAGGUUAUUACUAAAUAAAAAAAUAAAUCAAUAAAUUUCUUGCUUUA